AUGCAACAACAACAGCAGCAACAACAAAUCAAGAAACAACGUACAGCGACGGCGCUGGCUUUGGUGUUGCUUCUGGCCACCAGCUAUGUGCAGGCAAAGGAGGAGGAGAAGAGCGCGGGCGACAAGAAGGCAGCUGAGCCUGCAGCCAAGGAUGGUGGCGCAGCUGCAUCUGCCGACGAUGAGACGACAAAGUCGAAGCGUGGUCUGCAUCACUACGAGGACUAUCAUCAUCAUCAUCAUCAUGUGCCCCACUAUCCUGUGCACGAGGAGAAAACCUUGACCAUUAUCAAGAAGGUGCCUCAGCCCUACCCAGUGGAGAAAACCGUCCAUGUCCCCGUUGAAAAGCACAUUCCAGUACCCAUCAAAGUCAAAGUACCAAAGCCUUAUCCUGUGAUCAAACAUAUCCCCUACGAAGUCAAGGAAAUUGUUAAAGUCCCGUAUGAAGUGCCCGCCCCAUACCCCGUCGAAAAGAAGGUACCAUACCCCGUCCAUGUGCACUACGAUCGUCCCGUUCCCGUGAAGGUUCAUGUGCCAGCUCCCUAUCCAGUCGAAAAGAAGGUGCAUGUUCCCGUCAAAGUCCAUGUGCCUGCCCCAUAUCCUGUGGAAAAGAUUGUCCACUACAAGGUGGAGAAGCACGUGCAUGUCGACAAGCCUUAUCCAGUUGAGAAGGUUGUGCAUUAUCCUGUCAAAGUACCUGUCGAUAAGCCAGUUCCCUACCCAGUGGAAAAGCCAGUACCCCACUAUGUCGAUAAGCCAGUGCCUGUGCCUGUGAUCAAGAAAAUCCCCGUCCCAGUCCAUGUACCCUAUGAUCGCCCCGUGCCAGUGAAGGUGGAGAAGCCAGUGCCGUACGAAGUGAAAAUCCAUGUUCCCCAACCCUACCCUGUCAUCAAAGAAGUGCCAGUCAAGGUGGAGAAACACGUGCCUUAUCCCGUGAAGAUUCCAGUCGAGAAGCCCGUCCAUGUCCAUAUUGAAAAGCAUGUGCCAGAAUACCACGAGAAGCAUGUGACCUACAAGGAGCCAGAGUUCAUACACAAGCACAUCGAGGAGCAUCAUCAUGAACCCAUCCAUCAUUCACAUCACGAGGAAUCGCAUUCGCAUCAAAUUGAGGAACAUGAGCAUGAGGUGGAGCAUGAUUUUUACGGUCAUGAUGAUCCUUAUUCAUAUCACGGUUACUAA